AUGAAAACCGCCGCAGUAGAAUUAGCACAGAGAAUCAGCAGAACAAUAAUCUCAACCUCAAAGAACCACGCAAAAACCAAACAUCAUCAUUAUCCAUGGACCUCACAAAUCGAACAAACCCUUCACAACAACCUCAACCAAAAUCUAACUCCAUCUCUUGUUUCUUCAAUCAUCGACCCUUUCCUCCUCCAUCACCAUUCCCUCGCUUUGGGCUUUUUCAAUUGGGCUUCUCAACAACCAGGCUUUUCCCAUACUUCAUCUACCUUUCACUCCAUUCUCAAAUCUCUCUCCCUUACACCAAACCACUCUCUUCUUUCGCUUCUCAAAAAAGCUCAAUCUUUUCAUUUCCCAAUUCACCCUUCCGUUUUCCGUUCUGUUAUAGGCAUGCAUAUUUCACGUAAGAAUUUACAUCAAGCUUUUUCCGUUUUCAAUGAUGUUGUUUCGUUGAUCAAUGAAAUUGGUUCCCCCACUUGUAACUCACUUCUCGCUGCACUUAGUUCUAACAAUAAUAGUAAUGCACGUAAGGUGUUUGAUGAAAUGAUUGUAAAAGGUGUUCCUUUUAGUACAAUGGGCUUUGGGGUUUUUGUUUGGUAUGUUUGUAAAGAGGGUGAUUUGGGGAAAGUGAUGGGUUUAUUGGAUGAGGUUGGGGAAUGUGGUUCGGAGAUUAACGGGUCUGUUGUGGCAGUUAUGAUUGUGAAUGGUUUGUGUUUUGCUGGAAAAGUGAGUGAAGCUAUGGCGGUGUUGUCUGAAUUGAGGAAUAGAGGGUGGAAGCCUGAUUUUAUGGCUUAUUGGGUUGUUGCCAAGGGGUUUAGGGAAAUGGGGAAUGUGGUUGAUGAGAUUAAGGUUUUGAAGAUGAAGAGGAAGUUAGGUGUGGCUCCUAGGAGUAGUGAUUAUAAAGAGAUUAUAUUUGAAUUGGUUUCGGAGAAGAGAAUUUGUGAAGCUAAGAUGAUUGGGGAAGUUAUCGUUGGUGGUAAUUUUGUUGUUGAGGAUGAUGUUUUUAAUGUUUUGAUUGAGUCUGUGUCGGAUGUUGAUCCUAUUGGGGCGAUUGUGUUUUUUAAUUAUGUUGUUGAGAGGGAAAGGUUUUUGAGUGUUUCAAGUUUGAAUAGAUUGAGUUGGAAUUUGUGUAGGGUGGGUAAAGUGGAUGAGUUGUUGGAGGUGUUUCGUGUUUUAGAUUGUCGGAAUUAUUUCAAGGAUGUGGAGGGUUAUAAUGUGAUGUUGUUGUGGUUGUGCGAAGCUAGGAGAGUGAAAGAAGGAUAUGCUGUUCUUCAGGAAAUGAAAAAGAAAGGGCUGAAUCCUGAUGUAUCGUCUUACAAUUAUGUGAUGGAAGCGUGUUGUAAGGAGGAUUUGCUUCGCCCUGCUAGGAAGCUUUGGGAUGAGAUGUUUGCCAGUGGUUGUUGUGGGAACUUGAAAACAUAUAAUAUUCUGAUUCACAAGUUUUCGGAAGAGGGGCAGAUUGAAGAGGCUGAGAUGUUGUUUAACCGGAUGUUGGACAAGGGAGUCGAACCCGAUCGUGCGAGUUACACUUUUCUUUUACAAGGGCUCUGCCAAGAAGACAGACUUGAAGAAGCUUUUGACCUCUAUAACAAGUCUAUCAAACAGGAUAUUAUCAUUGCAAGAGACAUAUUGAGCUCGUUUAUAUUAUCACUCAACAAGAAAGGACAUCUAACAGCUGCUUCCAAGUUACUUUGCAGUCUCAGUCAGAAUAUAGGACACGCAGAAUCCCAUGUAGUUUUGUUGAAAUGUUUGGCAGAUGCAAGAGAGAUUCCAAUUGCUAUUGAGCAUUUGAGGUGGGUUCAGGACAAUUCACCUGCAAUGCUACAAGAUAUAUGUACCGGACUUUUAGCUUCCCUUUCUGUUUCUAAAUGCCCGGAGCCGAUAUUACAGUUUCUUCAAAGAAUGCAAGGUGUGUUAUGA